AUGGCUACUCUUGGACAAGGAGUUCUGCAAUGGGACACCGAUGGUACGGUCUUGUCUAAGGAACAGAAGCUGUUCUAUGAGAAGAACGGUUACCUCCUCAUAAGAAUUGUGUGCCCAACUACGAGCUGGAACGAGAUCUGUCAGGGCAAGGACGUGCCGAUAAACAUGACGGUGAUGCGAGACAUCGCGAUCGCUAAGUCAGAGUUCGUUUCUGGAGAAAAGGCGAUCACCAAGGUGCAAGACUUUCAAGAUGAUCCAGUGCUGUUCGACUACUGCCAGUACAGAGGGGUAGUCGACGUCGUCAAGGAUCUGAUUGGAUCGAGGAAUUCCAACCUUUUGGCAAUGCACACCAUGCUUAUCAACAAACCUCCGGACAGUGGGAAGCUCACCUCUCGACAUCCAAUGCAUCAGGAUCUGCAUUACUUCCCCUUCCGACCGGCAGAUUUCAUUUGCUGCGCAUGGACGGCCAUGGAGAAGGUGAACCGUGCCAACGGUUGUCUGGUGGUAGUGCCUGGGACCCACAAGGGAACGCUGCUCCCUCACAGCUAUCCGAAAUGGGAGGAGGCGUGA